AUGAUUCCUACUCUGCAACCGUCGCAGCAGCUUUAACCAAAAUACAUCUUCGGAUUGAACAGCAAUUUACGGAAUAACCUCUACUUCAUGGAUGAUACUCGAAUCAUCUAUCCAGCAGGCUUUCAUAUAGUGUGUUACUCAUUGCAGGAUAAGAGUCAAAGUUACUUCCAAGGAUUCGAACAUUACAGAGGGUUCUCUUGUAUGACUCUCUCUCCAAUGAAGAGAUUUCUAGCAGCAGGUGUGAAAGGAGAAAAACCUGCAAUUCAAAUUUACGACACGAUGUCCUAAAAGAAAAAAAGAACACUAAUCUAUCAUGAUGCCCCUGUCAAGGAAUGGGUAUCUGUUGCAUUUGGACCUAAUGCUGAAGCAAAAACUUUGAUUGGAUUGAGUGGAGGAGUCUCUGUCAAUGGCAGUCCUGUUGAUUCAUAUUUAUGUUACUUUCAAACUGAUACAAUGAAAUGUUUAGCUUCUGUUAAAGUGGCUUCUGGAAAUAAUGAAUGUCUAGAAGUAGCCUUUUAACCUAAUGAUGCCACUUUCAUCACUGUGAUCGGAAAAGGAAUUUUCAAAUCAUUUAAGAUGAUUCAAAAUGAAGGCGAAACUAAGAGCUACACUCUCAAAUAAGUGGCAGCCUCGUUAUAAAAAGCACCUGCAGAUUUAUCAAAUAAUUACUGUUGUCAUGCCUGGAUGAUAUAACAUCCAGAUCAUUUGGUUGUAUGCACCUAAUUGGGAGAAGUAUUCCUCUGUGAUGAAAAUGCUGAAUAUGUUAGGUACUUGAAGAACCCUUACCACCAAAACAAACAACCCUUUUUGAUUGAAGUGAUAUAGGCAAUGCAAUAAGGAUUUGCAAUUGGAGGAGACAAUUCUACAAUUUAUAUAUACAGCAAAGAAUAUGAAAAUAUCUAAAUGCUUCACGUGAAGUCAAUAUCUGAUAUCAAAUGUUAAAUCAAAGGAAUCAGCUUCACGCCCAUCAGUGAAGAUACCAUCAUAGUUACUCUGUCUAGCAAUUUAAUUUAUAGUCUGAAAUUGAAGACUGAAUAGUUUUUGGAAGAACAACAACAAUUUGAAUUGGUUUCAUUGCCUUUUCACUCCUGUCCUCCAGUAAAUGCUGGAAUUCCAAUCAACGGUAUGGAUGUGUGUGUACGAAAACCACUGAUAGUGACAUGUGGAGCUGACAAAUACAUCCGUAUAUGGAAUUACGAAGAGAAAAGCAUGGAAGCCUACAGAUUCUUUAAUGAAGAAGCUUAUUGUGUAAGCAUCCACCCUUCAGGAUUCCAUAUUGUAGUAGGAUUGACUGAUAGAUUAAGAUUGAUGAACGUCUGUGUUCAUAACAAUCAAAUUAAACACUAUAGAGAAAUCGGGUAAUUCAAAUAAUGCAAAGAAAUCAAAUUCUCUAAUGGAGGACAAUACUUUGCUGCCGUUAAUGCAGCUAACACUACUUAACAUAUAAUCCACAUUUAUAGAUUCUAUGUUGGAGAUAAUCCUGCCAACCUAUAAUUUAAAGGUCAUAGUGGUAGAAUUAGAUGCAUAACAUGGAGUAGAGAUGAUACAAUUUUAGCCACAUGUGGUUAAGAUGGUUUGAUUUCCUUAUGGAAAGUAGGUGCUGAUACAACGGGACAAAGAAUGCUUGAUAUCCAUGCUAAGGCAAAUGGUAAGAAUAUACCAUAGUCGAGUGUUGCAUUGACAUUUGAUACUAAAAUAGUGUAUGUCGUGGGGGAGGAUCGUCAUCUUAGAGAAUUUAAUUGUCAGGAACCAACAGAAAAUAAAAGAAAUGUAGAAGCUACCUUAUCUUAAAUUUGUUUCUCAAGCAGUAACAAAAUAUUAUUUGCUGGUGUAUGCGAUGAGAAUAGAUACUCUGGAGCUGUAAGAUGUUAUAAAUAUCCCUUUGUUGGUCCAUCUGCUGGUACCAAUGUUGAGUAUUAGGCUCAUGAUGAACGAGGUAUAGAGAAAAUGAAGAUCACUGCUGAUGAUUAGUAUCUUAUUACUGCUGGUAGGGAUGGAGCCAUCAUUGUGUUUGAAAUUAAGGAUAAAGAUGCAAGAGGAUAAAAAAAUAAGGAAGGAUAUUAACAAAGAUAUGCAGAUGAUAUCAUUGUUACCAAAGAAGAUAAGGCUGAUCUCAAAACCACCAGGGAUAAUCUCAAAACUUAGUUGUAGGAUAUCACUGCUCCUUAAAAUGCUAUUAAUAUUUCAUCAAAGGAGGAUCAAAUCAAACAAUUGACAGAUAAAGAAUCUACCUUGAAGUAACAAUAUAAAGUAGCCUAUGACACUUUAGUAGAAAAGAAGAGAGAAACAGAAAAGCAUAUUCAAGAAACCAGAAAAUAAAUUAUGGAAGAGUUUGAAGCUGAAAUCCAGGAAUUAGAAUAAAAUCAAUAAAGUAAAGUCAAUAAGGAGGCAGAAAAGUAUGAGAAGACCAAAAAUGAGAAAGAAAUUCAUCAAACUAAAUAUGAAAAGGAAAUUGGAAAAUUAUAAAGAGAACAUACUGACGAACUCAAAAAAUUGGAAAAAGAUUACGAUGCUCGUUUACUUGAAGAAAGACAGUAGAGAGAAAGAAUGGAGAAGGAAUACAACAAGGAGAAAGAGAAGUACAGGGAAACAAUUGAAUAGAUUAGAAAAGAGACUAUUGGUGAGAUUGAAGCACUUGAAGAACAGAAUCAAUAAUAGAUUCUUUAAAAAACUGAUUAGGGUCUUAAGGCUAAAAGUGAAGUCAGUAUGACAAAGAAGAAGAUUUAAUCUUUAUUGUAAGAGGAGGAAAAACAAAAUGAAAAUCUCAAAGAUUAUAACGAAUAAAAGAAAUAAUUGGAUGAUCAAAAUCAUCAACUCAAAAUAGCUAUUGAAGAAUAACUAAAAUAAAUUUAAGAUAAGGAUAAAACAAUAGGAGAGAAGGAAAGGAAGAUUUAUGAAUUAAAGAAGAGAUCAUAGGAAUUAGAAAAGUUUAAAUUUGUUUUAGAUCAUAAAAUUAAGGAACUCAAAAGAGAUACUGGACCUAGAGAUGAAGAAAUUAACAGAAUGAAAGAAAAGACUAAUAUGAUGGAUUAGAAAUUAAAAAAUUUUGCUUAUUUGAAUAAUAAUCUUGGAAAUGUGGUUGAUGCUCUUGAUUAAGAAUUAAAAAUAAUGAAAACCAACAUCAAAAAGUAAAGAUAAUUAAUUUCAUUCCAAAAUGUGAGGAUUAAGAAAUUUAAGGAUUCUGUAUAUUAAGCUGUCCAGUUCAUUCAAAAUUAAGAUGAAUUAACAAAAAAAGCACAAGAAAUCUUUAAAGAAUUCCAUAAAGACGAUGUAAAACCAUAAUAAGUCAAUGCUGACAUUUUAGCAGAAUAUAAAAGUUAAAAGCAAUAUUUAGAAAAGUCUGUUGAAGGAUUGAAAGCCAAUCUUUAAGCAGAUGAAGAAAUACAUAAGGCUGAAAACAUUAGGAUUAUGAGAGGCAAUGUUAAAUUGAUUAUCGAAAUCAAUAAUCUAAGAAAAAAGAUGAAGUAAAUAAAAUCAACACAUAAUAAUUAAGAAUAGAAAGGUGACAAAAAAAUGUCUCAAACAGCUAAUUCUGAGACUUAUAAGGCUAAACAAAGAGCUAUUUAAGAAAAGUAACUGAUUAUUGAAUAAUAGGAAUUGGCAAAAAAUUCUUUGCUCAGUUAGAUUUAAGAAUUGGAAGCAGAACUUUCAGUUAUGGGAGAAUGA